AUGCUCAGUGCCGCUCUCCGGAGGCGCGUUCUCGCCCCUACGCACAGUGCCCUGCGCAAUGGCUUCGCCGCCCACGUCGUCCGCUGCUAUGCUUCGUUCCCCGACCACCAGGUCAUCAAGAUGCCCGCCCUGUCCCCAACCAUGACGGCUGGUAACCUGGGCGCCUGGCAGAAGAAGCCCGGCGACUCCAUCGGCCCCGGCGAGGUCCUCGUCGAGAUUGAGACGGACAAGGCCCAGAUGGACUUUGAGUUUCAAGAGGACGGUGUCAUUGCCAAGAUUCUCAAGGAGUCUGGCGAGAAGGAUGUCCCGGUUGGCACCCCCAUUGCCGUUCUUGUCGAAGACGGCACCGACAUCGCCGCCUUCGAAAAUUUCACACUCGAGGAUGCUGGCGGCAACGCCAAGCCCGCCGCGAGCAACGCCGAGAGCAAGUCGGAGACGCCGGCCCCUACCGAGUCGAGCUCCCCGGCUCCCGAGCCUGAGCAGUAUGCUUCCUCGGGCCAGAAGCUGGAGACUUCGCUUGACCGCACCGCCAACGCCAGCCCUGCCGCCAUCCGACUGGCCAAGGAGAACGGCGUCAGCAUCGAGACUCUUAAGGGCACCGGAAAGAGCGGCCAAAUCACCGAGGCCGAUGUCAAGAAGGCCGGCAGCGCCCCCGCUGCGGCUGCCUCUGGCGCCGCCUAUGAGGACCUCCCCGUCAGCGGAAUGCGCAAGGUCAUUGCCAGCCGCCUCCAGGAGUCGGUCCAGAGCAACCCCCACUACUUUGUGACCAGCACGCUGUCCGUGUCCAAGCUGCUGAAGCUCCGCCAGGCUCUCAACAGCUCCUCCGAGGGCAAGUACAAGCUGUCUGUCAACGAUUUCCUCAUCAAGGCCAUGGCCGUUGCUUCCAAGAAGGUCCCUGCCGUCAACUCGAGCUGGCGUGGCGAGACGAUCCGUCAGUUCAACUCUGUUGACGUGUCGGUGGCUGUCUCUACGCCGACGGGCCUCAUCACCCCCAUCGUGACGGGCGUCGAGGGUCGCGGCCUCGAGUCCAUCUCCAGCAAGGUCAAGGAGCUUGCCAAGAAGGCCCGCGACAACAAGCUCAAGCCCGAGGAGUACCAGGGCGGCACCAUUUCAAUUUCCAACCUGGGCAUGAACAACGCCGUGGACCACUUCACGGCCGUCAUCAACCCCCCUCAGGCUGCUAUCCUUGCCGUGGGCACCACCAAGAAGGUCGCGGUGCCAGUCCAGAACGAGGACGGCUCCGCCGGUGUUGAGUGGGAGGACCAGAUUAGCGUAACUGCCAGCUUCGACCACAAGGUUGUCGACGGUGCUACUGGCGCCGAGUGGAUUCGCGAGCUGAAGAAGGUGAUUGAGAACCCUCUUGCGCUCCUGCUCUGA